CCGGCGCUUAUUCGUUGAAGUUCGAAUUAUCCAAUUUAUAUUCGCGAUUCGGACAUUAUUAAAUAUCGGUUAUAUAACUACAUGAGGAUCAUGUUUUGGUGUUGUGGAUGUAUUGGUACAGGUAAUUGUCGUGGUUUCAGAAUGUCCCAUUGUAUCGUGCUGCGAUCAUUGUAUGCGACAUUCCUGGAGUGCGUCGACACUUCGACAGCAUAUCAUACCAGAAGUUACCGUACCUCGUUUGGUCUCUCCAGUUCCCGUUCCUUACCUCUAUCUCGACCACCGGCUCUGCUUAUACCAUCCGUUCCUCUUCCUCGAUGCCAUUGUCACCCAAAGCCAGAACACACAAGGCUCAGUGUCCUGACUCCUGUCCUGAACCUCGCGCUCGGUCACGUCCCUGGUCCUGCGGCGAAACCUCUGCCCGUUGCUCCUGUACGACAUCCCCCAACCCUCAAAGAAAUUUGACAUCUGCUGCUUUCUGGCUUGCAAUUUUGUGAAAAAUCUUCCUUUUUCCCAAGCGGUCCCUAUACAUAGUCGCAUGCGGUGGAAAGCCAGCAACAGAGAGGGGUCCGGACCACCGCGGUCGGACCGUGGAGAAACGACAGCAACGUGUUCGGGUUGGAGGACGCCUUAACAGACCGGAAUUGGAAUGUCUUAGAAGUUGGAAUUGGAGAAAUGCGUGGUGGGGGUCAGAUGGAUUCGGUCCUGCAACGGUUUAGUUUGAGGAAGAGACGGCGAAUCUCUC